AUGAGAAGCAAAUGUGCAUCAGACAAUCACAUUACAUCAUUCACUUCGCUAUGGAGAAUUGCCACUACUUUGUCACCUGCUUGAGGCUGGCAAUUUUGUUAUGGACAUCACUGAUUGUAGUCCUAUGCAGCAGCAGCCCCAGCAUCGGGUGUCCUUUGGAGGAGUAUGAAGCUCUGUUAAAGCUUAGAUCUUCUCUAAAUCAAUAUAGCACUUCACCAGCUACAUGGGGAAGAGGGCGAGACUGCUGCCUCUGGGAAAGAGUGACCUGCAACAACAACACACGACAAGUGUCAAAGCUCAGACUUUCAAGCCUCGUAGAAUCUGACCAACUUCAGAAUUGGCGAUUGAAUUUCAGCAUUUUUUCCAACUUUCACGAGCUCCGACAGCUUAACUUGGCUAACAAUCAAAUUAUAGGAUCGUUAUCACACAUGGACAUAUCGGGAUUGAGAAAGUUGGAAAUCCUUGAUCUCACCAAUAACUUGCUCACCGAAAGCAUUCCAUUAUCUUUCAAAAAUCUAACGUCACUUAGAGUCCUGAAGCUGGGAAGUAACAUGCUAAACGGCACACUUGAUGUUGAAGGCAUCACAGAAUUGAAAAAGUUGGAGAUCCUUGAUCUCAGCAGUAACGGGCUCACUGGAACUAUUUCAUUAUCUUUUAAAAAUCUAUCUUCACUCAAUGCCUUAUAUUUGGGAGGCAACAUGCUAAAUGACACACUUGAUGUGGAAGGCAUCUCAGGAUUGAGAAAGUUGGAGAUUCUUGAUCUCAGUAACAGCGGCCUCAUUAGAACUACUCCAUUAUCUUUUAAAAAUCUAUCUUCACUCAGUGCCCUAUAUUUGGGAGGCAACAUGCUAAAUGACCCACUUGAUGUGGAAGGCAUCUCAAGAUUGAGAAAGUUGGAGAUUCUUGAUCUCAGCGAUAACGGGCUCACUAGAACUAUUCCAUUAUCUUUUAAAAAUCUAAGUUCACUCAGUAUCCUAUAUCUGGACAGCAACAUGCUAAAUGGCACACUUGAUGUGGAAGGCAUCACAGGAUUAAGAAAGUUAGAGAUCCUUGAUCUCAGCGAUAACGAGCUCACUGGAACUAUUCCAUUAUCUUUUCAAAAUCUAUUUUCACUUCGUGUCCUAUAUCUGCAAGGCAACAUGCUAAAUGGCAUAGUUCAAAUGGAAGGGCUCAGUAGACUGCAGAACCUAUGUGUGUUGGAUCUCUCUUACAACCAACUCAAUGGAAUUCAUCCUUUAUCUCUAGAGAAACUAGUUUCUCUUCAGCGUUUAGAUCUUUCACAUAACAUACUGAAGGGUAAUGUUCCCCCACACAUCUUCGCAGGUCUUGUUUCACUUCAGUAUCUAGAUCUUUCUUAUAACCUAUUUGACGGCCAUUUCUCAUUUUCCUCCUUUGGUAAUCUUUCAAAGCUAAACAUUAUUGACUUGUCAAACAAUGAGGAAUUAUUUAUACAUCUAGACCAUGGAAAGUUUGUUCCGUCUUUCCAACUGUGGUACCUCAAGUUGUCACAUUGUAACCUUGAUGCGAGCACCCUCGCAACACCGGCUUUUCUUUCUUCUCAACACCAGUUAGCAUUUCUUGACCUUUCCCACAGUAACUUGACAGGAAAUUUUCCCUAUUGGUUGUUCGAAAAUCUGACCGGACUAAUAGGUCUCAAGUUAAGAAAUAACUCAAUCAGGGGGGCAUUUCAAUUGCCAAAGCAUCUAAAUACGAGCAUGUAUGUACUUGAUCUCUCUAUGAAUCUCCUCAGUGGAUCGAUUCCUACAGACAUCGGCACAAUAUUUCCACAGAUGGUGACCCUGAAUUUGUCCUCCAAUGAUCUAACUGGAAAUAUCCCUUCAUCAUUGGGUAACAUGAGUUAUCUCGAGCUUUUGGAUUUGUCCCAUAAUAAUUUAUCCGGUGAACUACCAACUGGCCUGAUCAUUGGUUGCCCUCAAUUGAUUCUCUUGAAGCUUGGCAACAACAGCUUGCAUGGAAAGAUGUUUGGUACAAAUUAUGGUCAUCCUUCACUUAUAAUUGUUUAUCUAGAUGGAAACAAGUUUACUGGACCAUUGCCGAGCAAUCUGUCAUUCUACCAGAAGUUAGGAACAUUGGAUGUCCACAAUAACCAAUUAUCAGGUAUAAUUCCAGAGAGUAUAGGACUUGUUUCCGAUCUGGCUUACCUCAACCUAGGAGGAAAUGAUUUUCAUGGCGAAAUACCAAAUCACUUGUGUAAUCUUACAUGGCUUCAAAGCUUAGACUUAUCCCAUAAUAACCUCUCUGGGUUAUUACCUCAUUGCUUCCAAUCAUCUGAACUACUGCAUCUCAAGUUUGCCGGGAAUGCUCUAACAGGCACAAUUCCAAGUAGUUAUUUCAAUAUUCCAUCACUUAAAGCUUUGGAUAUCAGCAAUAACCAGCUUUCAGGUAAACUGCCAACAAAGAUCGGAGAAAAAAUGUCUUUGCAGAUUCUUGUUCUUAGUGGAAAUUCACUUGAAGGCCGUAUACCAAUUGAGUUAUGCAAUCUACGGUCUUUACACAUUUUGGAUCUUUCGAAGAACAAUCUUUCAGGAUCAAUACCCUCUUGCUUUGGCAAAAUGCACUUCACAAAACCUAAUUCAGCAAAUACAGAUUUGUCAAUAGAAAUGGGUUUCGAUGGUGUAUUGGGGUUUUACGUAUCUGUGAUAUUGAUGGUAGACCUCAUCACCAAAGGCAACUCAUAUGCUUACCCAACAGAUCAUUUGCUUCUGAUGUCUGCAAUUGAUUUGUCAGCAAACAAGUUGACAGAAAACAUACCGCCAGAAAUUGGAAAUCUAAAUGGGCUUGUACAAUUGAAUCUAUCGCAGAAUCAGCUAACAGGUCCAAUCCCCAAAACUUUCUCGAAACUUAGUCAGAUUGAGUGCUUGGAUAUAUCACACAAUCAGUUGAGUGGUGUUAUACCUUCGCAAUUGACUCAACUAAACUUCUUGGAGGUCUUCUCAGUUGCUUACAAUAACCUAUCUGGAUGUACACCAGAUUUCAAAGACCAAUUUGCCACAUUCAAUGUGAGUUGCUAUGAAGGUAAUAUUGGAUUACAUGGGCCGCCAAUGGAGAAGACUUGUACAUCUGACUCAAGUCCAACUGUGCCACCUGAAGUAGAAGAAAACCAAGAUUGCAGUGUGGAGGAUGAUGCCAUCUUCUUUGCAAUACUUGCAGUUUCAUUUGUGGUUAGCUUCUGGGGCUGUAUUGCUUUUUUGCUAUCUCAUCACACUGGGCAGCACAUUCGCAGUAUGUUGGAUGGUUAUAUGGACUCCUUAAUUGAAAGGAUCUUAAUAGCAGCACAUAAGCGGACUCGCAUGCAGUAGAAUCGCAAGUGAGAUAAACAGUACCUUGGGCAUUUCAUAGAAGUCUUUUUUUUUUUUUGGUACUUUGUAAUAAAGCAAAGCAAGCUUCUGUUCAAUGUUGUAAUUUGAAAUCUCAAUCAACUUUGUUAUAGUUUUUCA